UGCGAAAGUGGACUAGUCCAGGUAGACUACAAACAUUCAAAAUGGCGUCUGGUAAAGGCGCAGGUAAAGGCUAUCAAGAGAAAAGCCGAGGAUACAUGUACUGGUUUGCCUUUAUUUGUUCGAUAAUCUCUCUGGUUUUAGUGUUUGUUGCCUUCGCCUCCCCCUUCUGGUACAAGUCAUGGAGCCGAGUCCACAGUCCCCUCGCCAAUGUCGGGAUGUGGCAUAUUUGUCUCUCAGGAUGGGUCAAGCCAAGGGACCCCACCAUGAGAUCAUAUGUAGGCUGCUGGUGGAUCCAUUCUACUUUCUUUGAAGACGUCUGGGAUGAAAUAAUGCCAGCCUGGUUCCGAGUCGUCCAGACGGUUGUCAUCCUGACCCUGCUGAUCAACAUGGCUGCCGUGUUCAUGCUCUCCUUCUAUCCGGUAGACAGAUUGAGGAUCAAAUACUACAACCCAAACCGAUACAGGGCCUUCCUGGUUAACUCUGUCCUCAUGUUUGUGUCAGCUGUGUUUGUCUUGAUUGUUGCCUUAAUGUUCCCGAUGUAUGCCCGCGACCCCAACUGGAUGCCUCGACCCUGGUUGAACUACCUAUCAUGGUCAUAUGGGUUUUUCGUCCUAUCGGGAUUCUUUUCCGUUUUUGCUGGAAUCUCCCUAUUCAUAAAAUCUUCAGACAUCCACCACAAACCAGAGAAAAGUACAGAAGAAAUCGAGAAGAAGCUGGAGUUACCUCCCUUACCAUCAGGAAUGGCCCCACCAAUGAGACCACCCCACUAUGAACCCAGUGAGCACGGCCGCAGUGUGGGAGGAUACAGUAUGGGUCAGGCCAGCAUGGGCGGGGCCAGUAUGGGGGGAGCUAGCAUGGGAGCCGUCAGUCAAGGGGCUCAGAGCAAGCAUUCAGAAUCCUUUGUGUAGGCCAGACUUAUGUGUUAUUCUCAUCGUCAUCUUUAAUAUGUCAAUCAGAGCAUUUUCAUCAAGACUAGACAUGUACAGUGAAUCUGCUUUAUACCUCUUAUCUUUAGCAUUCCAUUGGCAAAAAAGAUUCACUUGAAGUUAACAAAAUUUUUGUAUUGUGUUUUAAUUCCCUCGAAAACUAUUUAUUUGACAAUUUUCCUUCAAUAUUUUGAAGAAAAUAAAUUGAAAUAAAUAUCAACCAUUGACUUGAUAUUCCAUUAAGAUCAAACAAGUUUUUCUUUUCCUAGUUGCAAAAAUGAUUUACAUUCCGUUGAAACAAAACAAACUGAAUUCAUUCCUGUCAGUUUGCAUUUAAAUAUUUGCCAAUGUCUUUAUGUCUACAAUUGUAGUCGUGUGCCAUGUAAUUUGUACAGAAAAUCAGUUCUUUUUUUACUUCACAUGUACAUAACAGGAAUCAGUAUGUGAUUUGUAUAGUAAUGUCUAUUAUCAGAAUGAUAAUAUAAUAAGGAUAAGUGUAUGUAUACUAGGUAUAUUUUUUAUUCUCAGAAAAUAUUUGGUAUAUAAAAAUAAUCAAUAAAUCAUCAUUGUACAUAAAUCAUACAACAUUGUAGAAUAUAUUUUAGGAAUCACAUUCAUUUUUUUUGACUGGAGUAAGUGUAGAAUAAUAUUUUAUACAUGAAUAUAUAAAGAAAAAUUAUAAUACUUUGUAUACAAUAAAAAAAUAAUGAUUA